AUGGAGAUAAUGCGCCGCGGUCGAGUCAUCCUAGAGAGGAGGUCGCUCCCCUACUCGACUUCAACCCAGGUUGGUAUGACUGCCUCUGCAAACCCCCGACCCAGUCGUCCUCCAAGAGCCUCAUCUACUUCCAGGCCUACCUCCUAUGCUAGUCCCAGGACCUCGUCUACCUCCCGGCCUGCCGCCUCUGUUCAUCCCCAGGCCUCGCCUACAACCGGGCCAUCCGCCCCAAAGCAUCCCCAAUCAGUUAAUCCUUCCCGACCGACUUCUAGCCCGGGUCGCGGCCGUGGUAGAAGAUCAGCCAAUGUAACUUAUGCCAGCCCUUCCUUCAGAGAAGCAUCUCAAGCGGCUCGUUGGGCACGUUCUGUAAAUGACCGCUCGAGUCAGGAUACACCGUCUUCUUCUCGGCGCAGGGCUCGACCGCCCUCUGAGGAUUCUGAUUCAGACGAUCAGCCUUUGGCUCACAGAUUUCGCAGCAGAGCUACCAAUCCUAGCAGAAACUUGGGCCAUUCCCCUGUUCCUCAUCCUUCGCCUCCUGUUGCCAUGACUACUCCUAUCCCGAGCCAGGUAGAUGCUCCUCCUAAUCCUCCCGAGGUUCCGACCGAGCCUCCACUAGCUCAACCUUCACCUCCGCAACAUCAUCGGAGCACCGAAGCUGGACCCUCAUGUCGUCUUUCACCCGCCACCUCACCUCCAGAGCCCUCCAGUGCGCCUCCUUCAGCUCCUUCUGGCUCAGCUGCUGAGCCUUCACAGCCACCACCACCUGCUCAUCACCAUUACCAUACCACUACCCCUUCUGAGGCCGGGCUAAGGUCAAGGCAAGACGUUCCUACCAGCACUUUGACAAUGAAAGGCUAUUUGGCCACUUUAUGGGAAGAAAGUAUGAACCAGAUGGAACUGUUGCCGCCGCCUGCCCAAAUGGAUAGAUUCUUAGAACUGUAUAUUAAGGCUUGUGCAGAAUCUCUGAUAAUAAAUCAAUCCUUUCAUGCCACUCAUUACCAGAAUAAGGUGCUACAGGACAGGGUAACAGAAUUGGAGCUUCAGUUAAAUGACCCCGCGCAUGCUAGUUAUGCCCUGAGAGCUGAAAUAAAGGACCUGACCAAAAGGAAUACCCAUCUAGAAAAGAGCCAGGUUGAUAUCGUGCACCAGCAACACAUGGAUCAACAAGCUUUGGUGCAUCAACGAGCCAUUGACCAGUUAACCCAGAGACUACGUUCCGAAGAAGCCCUAGCACAAGAGCAGAACAAAAGAUUAGAGUCCCAAGCGGCACAGCUGGCGUCUCAAGCAGCAGAGCUUCUGGCCGUCCGGGCUAAACUAUUGCAGGCUCGUGCUACUGCAGAGGGGACAUCCACAGCCCUGACCAUCUAUAAGGAAGGGGAGAAUGAUCGCUGCAAACAGAGCCGCGACUUGUACCUGCGCUCUCCAGAAUUUUACGCACAAGCGGGACAACGUUUCUCCUCGGUUGUUAUUUAUGGUGCGGCUGGGGCUCUGCGUCAACUCUACGAACAGGGCUACUUGAACUCCGCUCCUCCUGCCGAGUUUUUGGAUCAUGACUGA